CGGCGCGGCCUGCCCUCAUGGCGCUGUUCCCAGCCUUUGCCGACGUUGGUGAGGUCGCCGACAGCAGGAACCCCCGGAAAGUUGCUGACUUAGACUGGCUACACAACCCCAGCUUCUGCGUGGGAGCUGUAGCAGCGCCGUGUGAACAGCCCGAGGAGGUCCACCGCCUCACCUCGGAGCCAUCACCACCAACCAGGAGUCCUUUGAAGUCAGAGCCUUCUGAUGAAAGUGCCGUCGGCCCACAGCUCAAAGAAGCAAGCCGAAAGAAGAAGAGAGAGAAGAAGAGGAAGAGGAGACAGGAACACAAGAGAACUGAGCGGAGACGUGGGCGGCCCAGCAGCAGCAGCAGCGGCAGCGGCAGCAGCAGUGGGUCUGAGCCGGACACCGAUGCCGACAGGGGGAGGUCUUCCAGAAGCGUCCGCAAAAAGGACUCUGGGAAGCCAGGACAGGAGAGUCCCGCCGACACCAGAUGUCAGUUUGUUUGGCUCGAAGACGUGCAGGCGCUGUCGGGGGAAACCUUCAGGAUGGACAAGAAGCCAGACCCUGCCAACUGGGAGUACAAGUGUCCCUACCGUGGGCACAUCGCGAGGUACAAGAGGAAAGGCGACUCCUGCCUGGGCCUAGAUCCCCGGAGGCAGCGUGUGUCUUGGGAAGGGGCUCCGGCGGGGCAGAAGCGCGCCCACAGGCGCAUGGAGCGCUACUUCACGAAGAGAAGUACCGGGCUGCUGAGCUUGGACAGCGUGGCUGUCAGUGCCCAGGCCGAGCCGCCCACCACCGAGCCCCUGGGCUUCAUACCUGUGAAGGACAUUGGUGAGGCGGCCCCUCCGGUCACAACCUGGCUGAACCCUCUGGGGGUCUACGACCCUUCCACCACGCAGUGGCUCCAAGGGCAGGGCCCCGUGGAGCAGGAGCCAAAGCCUUCAGGCGUCCAGGCUGACCCCGCCAGCGCCCUUCUCAAGGCCAAGGUGGAGGAGUUCAACAGGAAGGUGCGGGAGAAUCCUCGGGACAUUCAGCUGUGGCUGGCGUUUGUGGCCUUCCAGGGCUGGAGGGCACAUGUGGCCCUCACAGGAGGCCCUGCUGGGCAGUGCCAGGUGGGCGGGCACUCUGCCACGCCCAUGGGCAUUGCUGCACCCUCGUCGCUCCUCUGCCCCCUGCCCCGGGAGGUGGGUUGGGUGGCAGCAGGGCUGCUGGCUGAGCAGGUGAAGCAGGAGUUUUGUUGUCGUCCAGAUGAGGAGGAUGAGGAGCCGGAUGAGGACGAGCAGGAGAUAGGAGACAGGACCCUGCCUCGGGCUCAGAUCUGGCUGCGUGCAGAGCGCUCCCGAGACCGCCGCCACUGGCGCCCCUGGCGCCCCGACAGGACCAAGAAGCAGACCGAGGAGGACUGCGAGGACCCCGAGAGGCAGGUGCUGUUCGAUGACAUCGGCCAGUGUCUGAUCAGACUCGCCAGCCCAGAGCUCCGGUUCCAGCUGGUGGCGGCCUUCCUGCAGUUCCUGGGUGUGCCCUGUGACUUCACCCCGCCGGCCUCCUGCCUCUACAUGGCCUUGGACGAGAGCAGCAUCUUCACUGGGGGCCUCGGUGGCGAGAAGCCCUUGAGCAGGGCCAGUCCCACCUUCUCCGGCGUGAGCCGUGUGGGCCGCAUGGACCAGUUUGGUGUUCCGUGCGGGGCCCCGGGCCAUGACCGGGAAGGUGAGGAGUUCAUCCGAAACAUCUUCCACCUGGCGCUGCCGCUGUUCUCCGGCAAGGACAAGGCCCGCCUCUGCGCCGCCUGGCUGCAGCACGAGACUGCAAAGGUCGUGUGGUGUCUGCAUACGAAAGCCAAGAAGAAACUGCGGUCCCAGGGGAAGAACUGCAGGAAGCUGGCCAAGAACCUCCUCAGGGAGCCCGAGAGCAGCAGCAGCGUGGGCCUCUGGCGGCACUACGCCCACCUGGAGUGGCUGCUGGGCAACACAGAGGACGCCAGGAAGGUCUUUGACACGGCGCUCAGCAUGGUGGGAGCUGGAGGCCUGCGGGACGCGCAGCUCUGCGAGCUCAGCCUGCUCUACGCGCAGCUUGAGGUGGAGCUGCUGCCAGCCGCGCAGGAGGCCACGGCGUCCAGGGCGGUCCACGUGCUGACGGGGCUGGCCGAGAGCACCCCGUACAAGCCCUACCCCGGGCACGUCUUGCCCGUGCACAUUCUGAAGGCCCGGAAGGCCUAUGAGCAUGCGCUGCAGGACGCCUUGGAGGAGAGCUGCGGCUCAGAGCCAGGUCCCGCCUGCCGCCCCAGCCGCCUGGUCAGCUUGGCCAAGUGCUUCAUGCUCUUCCAGUACUUGACCGUGGGCAUUGAGGCUGCGGGGUGCGUUCAUGAGCAGGUGUGGGCGCAGCUGAAGGGCUCGGCAGUGUCUGAAGGCUCUGGAGCGGGGUCCGCCGGGCAGCCGCAGAAGUGGGCAGGCGAGCUGGAAGCCGUCACACUGCUGCACACGAGCCUGCUGCAGUUCCACCUGAGGGUCAGCGUGCACCCGCUGGCCCCGCUGCGGGAGGCGCUCACUGAGUCACUGAGGCUGUACCCGGGCAAUCAGGCCCUGUGGAGGGCGUACGUCCAGACGCAGAGCAGGUCUCACAGUGCCAGCAAGACCAGGAGGUUCUUUGAUGCCAUCACUAGGUCCACUGAAUCCCUGGAGCCUUGGCUGUUUGCGAUCGAGACAGAGAAAGCGAGGAAGAAACGGGUGGAGACCGUUCAGAGGGUGGAUGGUGGAGAAAUACAUACCACGAUCCCCGAGAUUGGCUUAACCAACCGCAUCCAGGCCCUAUUCGAGCACGCGAUCCAGACUGACCGGGGCAGACAGUGCCCCCUGCUGUGGAGGAUGUACUUGCAUUUUUUGGUUUCCCUGGGAAAUAGAGAGAGAAGCAAAGGUGUGUUCUACAAAGCACUCCAGAACUGCCCCUGGGCAAAGGUGCUGUACAUGGAUGCCCUAGAGUACUUCCCGGAUGAGAUGCAAGAGAUCCUGGACCUGAUGACUGAGAAGGAGCUGCGGGUGCGCCUGCCCCUGGAGGAGCUGGAGCUCCUGCUGGAAGACUAGAGCCCGGCGAACAGGGCAAGUUGGCGGACGUCAGGGCGCCGAGCGCCCUAUCUCAGCACCUUUCUUGUUUGUGUCUGAGCUCUCGGCCUCCCACAUCUUCACGUUGGUAGAUGUUUAAAUGACACAAAACCUGGUGUUUUACAUAUUAUAUAUGUAUCUAAGUACAGAGGAAGAGUUGAACCAAGUGGUAAUUAAACCUUUGUGGGUUGAGAAGUGUG